CUCUCUCCCUCCUCUCCCCAUCUUUUCCAUAGCAAAUUACACCAUUCUCUGUCCCUCUCGCUCUCCCUCUCCCUCUUCCCCUCCCCCUCCCCCUCCGCCUCUCUAAAAUGUCCAUAAACCAUUUCUCUCAAGACCUUCCAGAAACACUGUGGUGGCCUAACUCUCAAAACCACCAUGACCACCACCUCCACCACCACCACCAACAGCAGCCCUUCAUGGACAUUCCUUCUUCAUCGCCUUCCAAACCACACCACCACCAAUUCUCAACCGCCCCUUGGACCUUCCACCACGGCCACAACAGCACGACCCUCAAUUUCAACCUCAACCGCGAAGACGAGGACGAUCUCGACGAGCAAGUCAUCGACGGUGGCGGCGUCGGCGUCGGCGUCGGCCACAGCCACGGCGAAGGGCGGGGGUUGCCGUCGGAGCUCGACAAGGAAGUGCUGUUCGAGAAGCCGCUGACGCCGAGCGACGUCGGGAAGCUCAACCGCCUCGUCAUACCGAAGCAGCACGCCGAGAAGUACUUCCCGCUGGGCGGCGACUCGGUCGACAAGGGGCUGCUCUUGAGCUUCGAGGACGAGUCAGGCAAGUUCUGGAGAUUCAGGUAUUCGUACUGGAGUAGCAGCCAGAGCUACGUGCUGACCAAAGGGUGGAGCCGUUACGUGAAGGAGAAGAGGCUCGACGCCGGCGACGUCGUCUUCUUCGAGCGCCACCGCGCGAACGGCGAGAGGAUCUUCAUCGGGUGGAGGCGGCGUGGGGCGGCGGCGGCCGCUCAGGAGGGCGGCCGCGGCGGCGACGGGUGGGGGAGGAGGAGGGCGUUGUACUCGGACUCGGAGCACCACCAUCACCAUCAUCCUCAGCAACCGCAUCACCAUCCGAAUUACGCUUACCCUACGCACCAGGGAGAUGAUGGGCCUCCUAUGCCAUACCGACCAGACUGUCCUCAUGCAGGGUCCGACGGCAGACGACCGGGGAAUUCAAAAGGGCUGCUGAGGUUAUUCGGGGUGAACAUGGAGUACCAGGUCGAAGAGCCCGAGAUAUCGACGUCUGAGGGCUCGACCCUGUCGCCUACCCACCACCAUCCGUCACAGCACCAUCAGUUCUUAUUCUGAUUACCUUCCUCCCGCAGCGACAUGGACAUCACUUUGUCUCAAGAUGUCAACCGGAUGGAGAGAGAGAGAAGUUGCCGAGGAUGGAGAUCUGUUGGAUGUGACGUCCUCUUCUGUGUUUUCUUGAUGGGCAAAAGUUGAACCCCACACUUGGGAGGUCAAAAGAUUUCUGUCGAGAAAUGGAAUGGAUUCCAGAUUGUUAUAUAUUUCUUUUUCGCAAAGGGCUCGAGAGAGAGAGAGGGGAAAAAAAAGAAAUGGAGGAGGAGGAGAGAAAAUCCCAGAUUUUCUGGGGAAAAACAUAUGAAUUUUCCUAGGCCACAAGACAAAAAGGGAGACCAAGAAAAGAAAAUCGUGAGGUGUGGGGGCUUUUCAUGAUGAGUGGAGGAAGAUGUAGCGAAGGGUAAAGAAGAACUGCAGACGAGGGAUGGGAAACGGGGUCCACGAGGAGGAGGAGAAGAAAGAAGAAAGAAAGUCGGUGACGUCAGCGAUGGAGGGAUUUUUUUAAGGGAGGAUUUGGGCCGUGGAGAUGUAGAAUCUUUCUUUCUGUUUUGGUUUCGCUACUGUUGAGAUUCUGCCCGCAGAUUUUUCAUGCAGGGUGAUAAUGAUGAGAGCGUGGGGAGGGUAUAAUG